GAAGCGAACCGCCCGUAAGCCAGCCUACGCGCCGUCAAGGAGGAGUGUGUGAGCGAGCGUAGUUCUAUGUGCUGGUCUGUUUACAUUUAUCGUAGGAGGAGGGCUACCUACUUGCGCGUGAAAGGGGAGAAAUUCGGACGAGUGACUACCAUGGCAUGGGACUGUAACACGACCGAUGCGAGUGUCUGACCGAAACAAAAGCGCUGUAAAGGGACACUGAGCGGCGUUGAGCCAUGGGAGGGCAGAUAACCCGAAAUGCCUUGUACGACUCCUUCAGCGGUCCCUUCCCCCAGGCCGCCCAGCGAUGCCACCACAAGUCCAAGCGCUGUCUCCAGCUGCACCAGUGUGGGGGCCGGCUGGGCCUGGGCGGGGUGAUGGGGGGCGUAGGGGUCGGCGGAGGUGGCGGUGGCGGCGUGCCCUCGGCCCCCCUCAGCCCCCUGCUCUUCCACGCCAGCGCCAAGGGCUCCCAGAUCCUGAUGGACCUGAGCCAGCGGGCCGUGAAGAGGCAGGCCAGCUUCUGCAACGCCAUCACCUUCAGCAACCGGCCCAUCGCACUCUACGAGCAGGUUCGACUCAAGAUCACCAAGAAGCAGAGCUGCUGGAGCGGUGCCCUGCGUCUGGGCUUCACCUCCAAGGACCCGUCGCGCAUCAACCCGGACACGCUGCCCAAGUACGCAUGCCCUGACCUGGUGUCCCAGAGCGGCUUCUGGGCCAAGGCGCUGCCCGAGGAGUUCGCCAACGAGGGCAGCGUCAUCGCCUUCUGGGUGGACAAGAAGGGACGCGUCUUCUACCGUAUCAACGAGUCCAGCCCCAUGCUGUUCUUCAGCGGCGUGCGGACCUCGGAGCCGCUGUGGGCGCUCAUCGACGUCUACGGACUGACGCGCGGAGUGCAGCUGCUGGAGAGUGAGAUGGUCCCUCCGGAGUGCCUGCGUCCCCGCUCCUUCACCACCGUCCGCGCCUCCUCCCUCCGCCGCGAGGCAGAGGAGUCGCGCCUCUCCGUCAGCCUCUGCGACCUCAACCUCCAGCAAGACGACUCCAACACCGCCAACGCCGCAGGCGGCAACGGAGGACCGGGAGGGAGCGGCGGAGGAGGCAGAGGGGGUGUCGUGGGCAGCAGCGGUACCCUUGGAAGGCACAGCGUCGGAGGCGUCGGCGGGAGCAUGAGCUCAGGCGGAGGAGGAGGAGGCGGCGGCGCCCAUCAUCACCAUCACCACCAUCUCCGCCUGGCGCCACCGGCCCCCGUGCCCUGCCCCAUCCCCCAGAACUCGCUCAACUCGCAGCAGUCGCACCUCCUCCCCCAGGCACUAGAGGGCGAGCUGCGCUUCCACCAGCUGCGGGCCGCCAACGUGCGGACGGUGGACGACGGGCAGACGGUGGCCCUGAUGCGAUCGGAAGUUACCGGAAAUUCAAACGCGAGCACGAGCUCCAAUAGCAGCAGCUGUGGUGGUGGUAGCGGUAAUGGUGGUGGUGGUGGCAGUGGAGGUGGUAGCGGUAAUGGUGUCGCUAAUGCUGCAGGAGGAGGUGGAGGUGCUGGAGGAGGAGGAGCAACCACUGGUGGAGGUGGGGGAGGACCUGGAGGUUGCAGGGACCGCUGCGGAGAAGAACGUGCCCUGGUCUUCACCGAGCGCCCCUUGCGACCCGGCGAGACGGUUUUCCUCAAAGUCACCAAGUCCAGCCCCUCGCGCUCCGGAGCUCUGGCCUACGGAGUGACCUCGUGCGACCCGGCCACCCUGCGCCCCAGCGACCUGCCCGGCAACCCAGAGGCCCUGGUGGACCGCAAGGAAUUCUGGGCCGUGUGCCGGGUGCCGCAGCCGCUGCAGAGCGGCGACAUCCUUGGCUUCCUGGUGACGCCCGAAGGCGAGGUGGUGCUGAGCCACAACGGCACCAGCGCCGGCAUGCAGGUGUGCGUGGACAACUCGCGGCCCCUCUGGAUGUUCUUCGGCCUGCACGGAGCCAUCUCGCAGCUCAGGAUACUGGGCUCCACUCACCCUGGAGAUCCCAGAGUGACGUCCAGUCCCGGCUCUCCCACCUCCUCGUCGCCCCACACUCCCAUGGGCCUUUGCAGCGGCAGCUCAGAACCCAUGCUCAAUGGAGGAUGUUCCGGAGCUUUCUACCACUCCGUCGGAGGAACGUCUCCCAACUCACCCAUCAGCAUGCCCAAGUCGCCCACCUUCCCCUCCACGUCGGGCAGCUGGCAGGACGAGUGCUCCAUCUGCUACGAGAACGUGGUGGACACGGUCAUCUACGCGUGCGGCCACAUGUGCCUCUGCCACACCUGCGGGCUGCGGCUCAAGCGCAUGGCCAACGCAUGCUGUCCCAUCUGCCGCAGGCCCAUCAAGGACAUCAUCAAGACCUACCGCAGCACAUAGGACUAGUAGGGAAAUACUACACUUCCCAUAAUUCAACUGGGUCUUUUAAACAGGAAAUGAGCUUGGUUUACUAAGCAAGGAACUGGCCUUGCCGCUGUCAACUCCCUGCUGUUCUGUCUGCAUCAAGCCCAUCAAGGACACCGCAGCACAUAGUAGUAGACUAGGUGGAGAUGGACAGGAACACUACACUUCCCAUGAUUCAACUGGGUCUUUUAAACAGGAAAUUGGCCAUGGACAACGUCCUGCUGUUUCUAUCUGCAGGAGGUCCAUCAAGGACAUCAUCAAGAUGUUCCGCAGCACAUAGUAGACUAGAUGGAGGACAGAAAUACUACAUUUCCAGUGAUUCAACUGGGGUUUUCAAACAGGAUGUGGGCCCAGCCCUGCCUGCUAGUUUGCAAGAGGCACAAUUUGACAUCAACACCUACAGUACAGCAGCAUGUAGAGGCAGGACGAGGGAGGGAAAACUACAUUUCCCACAAUUCAACUGAGUUUUGAAACAGGAUAUGAUUCAAAACCUGAACAUUCAUACGGACAUCAUCGAAACUUUAAACAGUACAUAGGAUCUGUAUUUUACUACCGUGCAGUUCCAGUUGUUCAACAACAUGGGCUUUU